UAUCAUCGUGUUCGUCUUGACGUGGCUGGAAACCCGCCAAUCCAGAGAAGACAGCCUGAGAAGCGGGCUGCAUAACUUGAUGCUUAUCCAUACUGCGUGGUCUUUCGCUAUACUAUCCGCCACUAACGUUGUGAGCAUUGGAAUCGGUCAUCUCGACGCAACGUCUUUCGCAGAGCCAUUCGCUGUUUGGACAGCUGCGUUGACAUCGAUGACGCUGUCACGGCUCAUGUUGAAUUUGCGCAAAGCUUCUGCUAGUCGAAAUGCGACUUGUCCAUCCUCGUUCUCAUUAUUCAGUAUGACCUUGGAUGCCAUAGACGAAUAUUCGGCUGAUAGUGACCCCGACGCACCAGCAAGUGAUGACAUCCCUAUUGCCCAACCGUAGCAUUUUCUAUCAUUCUGGCCAGGUCUGAUCUUAUUGUUUGGCCGGACAAACAAGCUUGUUUUUCGCGCUGUCUCAACAAUG